UGCAGCGCGCAAGGAGGCGUUGGAGCAGCAGGAGGCGCGGGAGAAGGCGUGGCGGGCGCGGCUGGAGAGGGAGCAGCGCGCGCGAGAUGCGCUGGUGGGCCAGGGGAGGGCGGGCAGGACAGGUGCAGGUGGGGGGGGUGGAGGGGAUGGUGGUGGGGAGAGUGGCGCUGGUGAAGCAGAGGCAGUCGCAGCGCAGGCUGAGGCGCUCAUGAACAGUGCUGCUGGUGCUGCUGGUGCUGCUGGUGCUGCUGGUGCUGCUGGUGCUGCUGGUGCUGCUGGUGCUGCUGGUGCUGCUGGUGCUGCUGGUGCUGAUGGUGCUGCUGGUGCUGCUGGUGCUGCUGGUGCUGCUGGUGCUGCUGGUGCUGCUGGUGCUGCUGGUGCUGCUGGUGCUGCUGGUGCUGCUGGUGCUGCUGGUGCUGCUGGUGCUGCUGGUGCUGCUGGUGCUGAUGGUGCUGCUGGUGCUGCUGGUGCUGCUGGUGCUGAUGGUGCUGCUGGUGCUGAUGGUGCUGCUGGUGCUGAUGGUGCUGCUGGUGCUGAUGGUGCUGCUGGUGCUGACAGCAGCAGUGGCGGUGUGGAGGGGGGUGUUGCACCUGGUGGUGAUGGGGCGGGUGCAGGGAGUGAGGAGAGGGGGCAAAGGGAGGAGGGAGCAGAAAGGGGGGAGGGAGGAGCAGAGGAGGAGUUAUCGGGUCUGUCGAAGGAGGAGAUGGGCAGGCGGAUUGCAUCCAGAUGGACGGGAGGGGGGGAGGGAGGCGAGCAGCACGAGGGCAGCGAUGGAGGGCACGGCGGGCAUGGUGUGAAGCACGGGGGAGAGCAGCAUGGCGGGCACGGCAUGGAUGGCGAGGACAGCUCGCCCCAUGAUGUGGGCUAUGCUGAUCUGGACGCGGUGCAUGAUGACGAUGAUGGCGAUGGCGAUGGCGACCGUGACUACAGUGGCAGUGACGAGCACGAGUACAAGGAGGAUGCUGAUAACGAGGAUGGGGACUAUGAUAAAGUGGACGAGGAGGACGGGGACAGGGAUGACGAUGUUGACGGUGAAGGGGGGGAGGAGGCAGCGGACUUGGAGCAAGCGAUGGGGGGCGGGGGAGGGCAGGCGAACGAGGGCAAGAGAGGGGCAGGGGGGGAUGGAGAGGGGGCGGAGGAGGAUGGGGAGGAGGGCGAGGUGAGCGAGGAGGAGUUGAGGCAGAUGGAGGAGUUCAGCAAAGAUGACCCGCCAGCCGUGACACCUGUCAGCAUCUGGUUGGCUCGUGCCCUCCACUGGCCCGUAGCUGUGUGUCCGCGCCUCUACUCCCUCGCUGCUGCCACGCCACCCCUCACCCUCAACGCCUCUGGCCUGGCAGCAGCGAGGGAAGCGCACCGGGAGGUGGAGGAGCGGGUGAGGAACGCGAGGAGCCGCGCCAAGGUGCUGCGAGACAAGCUGAAGCGCGACUAUGGCCCUCACGGGGAGUUCUCCAACCUCGUGGACCGCUGCUUCUCCUUCCCCGCCAACCAGUACACGUACGAGAUCUGCCCGUACAAGAAGGUGGUGCAGAAGGAAGGGCACUCUGAAACCACCAUUGGGUGAGUGCUUGUGGUGACAUGGUGAUGGCAUGGUGGCACCAGACCUGUGGGCGGGAUGGGACGAAAGUAUGA